UGGUACACUACCACCGGACGCCAAACGACGGAGCAGGACCACCAACCGAAAGAAGAAGAAAAAGAAAAAGCAAGACCAAAGUGUAUGAACUUACUACGAAGAGCCUCACUCCAGCUCAUCACUACCAACCCACUCAAGACCAACAGAACCAACAUCCUCAACCAAAACCGAAAUACCAUCAGACUCAUCAAGACUUCCUCGAUCACCAUGAGCACCACAACCAACUGGAGAGCACCCCAACAAAGCCAGCCGUCCGGGGCAGAAGUGUCCUCAAAUCUCAGAGUUUAUAAUUCACUCACCAAGUCAAAGGUGCCGUUUAUUCCUAAAGAACCUAAUAAAAUCACUUGGUACAACUGCGGACCGACCGUAUAUGAUGCCAGUCAUAUGGGACACGCCAGGAAUUAUGUCACUCAAGAUAUCUUACGAAGGAUCGCAAGAGAUUACUUCGCUUACGAUGUGAAGUUUGUGAUGAAUGUGACAGACAUCGAUGACAAGAUCAUCCAACGGGCAAGGCAACAACAUUUGCUCGAGAAUCUGCGCUCCAAAGCCGACCUGAUCACCCCCGAAUUGACUGACCAAGUCCGACAGAGCUUGGAAUCAUACGCAAACAACACGGUCAAGAAACUCUUAGGGAACGAGCUUUCACUCGAGGAAGUCCUUCAGAAGGCUGCUAGUCAACUUCAAUGGAAAGCUGAGAUGGUGGCAAAGGAAGAAAAGUUUGGGAUGUGGAUCGAAGCCUUGGGAUCAGCGCACAAAGCCCUCGGCCGAGCCAUCUGUUUAUCGGACAUGUCGAUCGAUAACUCUCGCGCUGAGGCUGAAAGAUUGAUUGACGGGGCGUCUGAAGUGCUCUCAAAGUGGCUGGAUCAGAAAUACGGCUCAACAAUCACCGAUCAUGCGAUCUUCAAGAAACUGGCGGUAUACUGGGAAAAAUCGUUCUUCGAUGAUAUGGCCACAUUGGGUGUCGAGCCUCCAAGUGUUUUAACUAGGGUGUCAGAUUACGUGGAAGAGAUCGUUGAAUAUGUUCAGAAGAUUGUGGAACGAGGGUUCGCAUACGUGCACGAAGGAAGUGUAUAUUUCGACGUGAAUGCGUUUGAUGGGGCCGAGGUGAAGGACCAUCCCAGCCAGCAGACAUUCAGCCACUGCUAUGCCAAACUGCAGCCGGGCUCGAAGGCGAACAAGAAGCUGAUGGAAGAGGGCGAAGGCGCGCUCUCGGUGAACCCGGCUAGCUCGACGGCCACCGACGUCAAACGCUCGCCGGCGGAUUUCGCCCUCUGGAAGAAGAGCAAGCCGGGCGAGCCUGGCUGGCAGAGCGUCUGGGGUAUGGGCAGGCCCGGCUGGCACAUCGAAUGCUCAGUCAUGGCUAGCGCCAUCUUGGGCGACGGCAUGGACAUCCACAGUGGUGGUGUCGAUCUCAUGUUCCCCCAUCACGACAACGAGAUGGCCCAGUCUGAGGCUUACCACAAUUGCCCUCAAUGGGUCAACUACUUCCUUCACACCGGCCACCUCCACAUCGAAGGAUUAAAAAUGUCCAAGUCUUUGAAGAACUUUAUCACGAUCGGGGAUGCACUGAAGCAACACUCAGCUAGACAGCUACGACUCUCUUUCAUUGCCCAACGAUGGGACCUUGGCAUGGAUUUCGCCGAGAGUGCGAUGGCUGAAGUGAGGAACCAAGAAUCGACGUUCAACAACUUCUUUGCGGUUGUUAAAGCUCUGAGGUAUGAGCGAUCGACAGAACAGAUGAUCCAGGCCAUUGACUUGGAUCAGUCCAAGUCCGUUGACACUUCUCAUCCUCUCCACGCCAUCUUCGAGAAUGCUCGAUCGGACUUCCAUGCAGCUCUCUGCGACUCGUUCAACACCCCUGAAGCGAUGAAACAACUGCUCAAUCUGGUGACAGAGACUAACAAAUAUAUCUCUGCGCAAAUCGCCUCGAUCAGAGCCGAGCCUGAUGGCCAAAGUCUCCUCGUCAUCUCUCACAUCGCGGCCUGGAUCAGUAAGAUGUUGAGGGUCUUUGGAUUGGACGAACAGACGCUUGCUAGUCAUCCCCGUUCUUCUACAACCAAUAACCGGGGGAGCUCUGAUCUUAUUGGCUGGAACGUCUGUGAUCCAGCCGAGUCGAAAGCGAUGGAGUAUUGGAUCCAAUGGUCGUCUUUCCGGGACCAAGCCCGCAAGACUGCGCGAGAGAAGAUGCAGAAGAAGGCCGCCUCUGAUCCCCCCGCAUCAUCUGCCGCGGGUCCAUUGACUGAAGCCUUGAACCAACUCUGUCAGCAACAGUUUCGAGCCCAUCUGCUGUUACUGAAUCUCUCUGCUUCUGAGCACUCCGAUCCGGUGACGUUUUUCGGGGGUAAACAAGUGCAUCUGGAUCACCUGACUGAGCCAUUAAAAAGCAGUUUGGCGGGUCAGUUGCCUAUAUGGUACGAGUUCUGGACCGAGCUUUAUCGGCUCGCGCAGGCCUCGUCGGAGCUGUCUCCUGCUCAGGUCUUGUCUGCCUGUGAUCAGCUCCGGGAUGAGAAACUCGUCGAAGUUGGCGUGGCGUUGGACGACCAAGAUGAUGGAAAGGCGUUGGUGAAGCUGUUGCCAGCAAGCAUGUUACUCCAAGCCCGUGAAGAGAAACAGAGGCUCCAAGGCGAGAAGGAGCAGAAACUGCGGGAGAUCAAGGCCGAGAAUGAGCGCAAGAAAGUCGAGAAGCUGAUGAAGGGGAAGACCCCGCCUGAAGAGAUGUUUAAGGGCUCAACGGAAUUCAGUCGGUUCGAUCAGAACGGCGUCCCUACUCAUGCUCACCCUGAUGAUCAGGAAAUCUCCAAGUCCAAACGCAAAAAAUUCCUCAAGGAUUGGGAGAAUCAGAGUAGACUUCAUGCCGAUUAUCAAGCUUGGGUCGCGGCUAAUCCUCUCAACUCCACUCAACCUUAGAACCUUGUUUUUUCUCUCAUGCUCUCUUGUCUCUUUGGUCUUUUCCGUCACAUUUUUCUCUCUGUUUUUUUGUUCUUUCUUUGUGUUGUGGAUGCUUCGCUCACUGAAGAAUUACACCCUUCCCCUGAUUUCGCUUCCAUUUUUCCCCUUUAAAAAUGAUGAAGAAAAAAAAGGUUAGAUUUGUAGAUAUCUAAAUGAUCUACCUAAAUAUACCACCAUUUUUUUGGGUGACAGUAUAGAAGCUUUUGCGCGGCUGGGCCAGGGUCGCCUAUGUAGGCCAGGAAAUAACAAAGAAUGUUUUCGUCGUUUCUCCACAUCUCCCUGCUUAAAUAUACUUAUACAGACCAUGUUACCUCUCACUAAUGCAAUUAAGACAAAUUAUGUGAUUGAUAAGUAGCAGGAACGUGGAUCAAAUCAAUAUUUUGACGGUCACUGGGACCAGUUACGGCGCCCCCUGGAGAAGGCCAUUGAUUGAUGGG